AUGAGCACGUCGCCGUUGCCCAGCCUAGAAACGACAUGCACCGUCGGUUACCUCGUCCACUACGACCAGUUCCGCCUAGAUGCUAAGGUCGGCUUUGCCGACCAGCUCUACCAGCUGAUCCUGGCGAGAGAGGCGAUUCUGUGCCUCGCGAGCUCCCAGAGCAGCUGGCACGGCGGCAUUACGGCGCGCAUUGUCUACGACAUGGUCGUCGCCGAGCUGUGGAGUGACUCGCGCAGGGCCGAUAAUUAUGGCGUCGUUUACCCGCAAGCCUCGUACUGGGGCGUGCGUUCCGUGGUUGGCAAGGUCCUGGCGCCCUUGUCCGCUGCGUCGGCGUCUGCUUCUCCUUCUGCUGGGGCAUCAUCAGACGGCAGCGAAAGCGGCAUCAAAUGUCUGGGCGGUUGGGUCGGGCCAUGCCCGUCGCCUGCACUCCCUGAAUCUACGUUUGGGAUCAUUGUCGAGGUGCAAGCCCGCCACACCAACCUCAACGCCGCAGCCUUCGUUACCCAGAGAAAGCGAGGAACCACCGCCGGGGCGACUCCGGAAUGGACCGAGCCGGUUACGCCGCCGGCGUCCACCGACUCGGCGAGACUGCAGACUCUAAGGCUGAUCAAAGUCGAUCACUUGGACACACCAGCGGGCGCCAACAACAACAACCGGGCACCUCGGUACCGGGCCCGCCUCGACUUCCUUUUAGUGCGGAGCAAGAUCACCGUGUCCGUCUUACUGCACGCCAACAGCGUCUUCGUGGCCGCGCCCAAGUGCGGCGGGGCAGGGCCAGGCGCCCACCGGGUCGAUCCGCGCAGUGUAGCCGCGUACACCUUUCGGGUGCUUACCAUCGAGGACCUACCGCGGGCGGAGCCUGAGUGCAUUAACCUUUAA